GUUGGUGAGUCAUGACUCAUGAGUGUGUGAAAUGAAGCAAACUAGAUAGUAGUGUGAAUGAGCCACCCACCGGCCACCGGCUACCGGCUACCGGCUAAUAUCCAUAUCACUACCAAGUAUUUAGCAGCCAAAUCCGCCAUUAAUACACUUUAUCUCAAACUAUAUCCACCACCCCACUCACCAAUUGUUGCCUAAACACCCACCAAAAAUCUUUCUAAUCACCCACCAUCCACCGGCCACCACCAAAUUAAAAACAAAAUUCAUAAAAACGAGGUACAAAUCAAGAUUCAUAAUCUUGCUACUGAACCUCGUUGUGGGUUUCUGCAAAUUCAUCUUUUUUCACCACAAAUUGUUAAAAAAAGAUUUUUUUUUUUUUUUAAUUUAAUUGUGGCAUAGUUAACUGUGAAACUUGGUUCCAGUGCAAAAGAUUGCCCCAUAUCUUUCUUUCAUGUGAUAAAACAGAGUUGCAUGUUAUCUCUUUUCACCUUUUUCACAACACCCAGAUCAGAUCUGCUUUUCUUUUUAUAAAAUCUUGUUGUUUCAAGAAUCUUGUUGAAGUGAAAAAAGACACCCACUUUCAAGAAUAAUAAUAAUCAUUUCAAUGGGUAUUUGUUUGAGUGCUAGAAUCAAAGCUGAAAGCCCAUAUCACACAGGGGUGAGUUCAAGAACUGGAAGUACAGAAGGAAAUGAUAAUGGUAAUUCAAGUGGCAGCAACUGCAACCCUCCGAUCCCCCGGAGCGAAGGUGAAAUCUUGCAAUCUUGUAACUUGAAGAGUUUUAAUUAUUCGGAUCUUCGAAUGGCUACGAGAAAUUUUCGGCCCGAUAGCGUGUUGGGCGAAGGUGGGUUCGGGUCGGUUUAUAAAGGGUGGAUCGAUGAACAAUCGUUCGCCGCUUCAAAACCGGGGUCUGGAGUCGUUGUUGCUGUCAAAAGACUUAAUGCAGAAAGUUUUCAAGGUCACAGAGAAUGGCUGGCGGAAGUGAACUAUUUAGGGCAGUUUUCGCACCCGAAUCUCGUGAAUUUGAUUGGGUAUUGUUUGGAAGACGAACAUCGGCUUCUAGUUUACGAGUUCAUGCCACGAGGCAGCUUGGAGAAUCACUUGUUCAGGAAAGGAUCUUAUUUUCAACCGCUAACAUGGAGUCUCCGGUUAAAGGUUGCUCUUGGCGCCGCUAAAGGACUAGCUUUUCUUCAUAGUGCCGAAACUAAAGUGAUUUAUCGGGAUUUUAAGACUUCUAAUGUGUUACUUGAUUCGGAGUACAAUGCUAAACUCUCCGAUUUUGGGCUAGCUAAAGACGGGCCCACCGGCGACAAAAGCCAUGUUUCGACACGGGUCAUGGGGACCUAUGGUUAUGCCGCCCCUGAAUAUUUAGCCACCGGUCAUUUAUCCACGAAAAGUGACGUUUAUAGUUUUGGAGUGGUCCUCAUCGAAAUGUUGUCGGGCCGAAGAGCCAUAGACAAAAACCGACCCACGGGUGAACAAAGUCUAGUUGCAUGGGCCAAACCCUACCUACCCCACAAACGGAAACUUUUUCGGAUUCUUGACAACCGUCUAGAAGGUCAAUACACUUUAAACGGGGCCCACGCCACAGCUAACCUAGCCCUACGAUGCAUUUCGACGGACCCAAGGUUGAGGCCGAGCAUGGUAGAUGUGGUUAAAGAACUAGAGUUACUUCAAGAUCCAAAGAAGGCGGCAAGGUUACGAAGACAUUCCGCCAACGAGGCACAAACGAGGCGCUUAGUUUCUCAAGACGGUGGUGCCGCUAGCGGUGAGCGUUCCGCCGCCUAUCCGCGGCCUUCGCCUUCGGCUAUAUAUAGUAAGUGAGUGCAAGAACAUAAGGGAAGAAGAACAAUGUUGGUUUUGGUAAAAUAGUUGUAUAGUUUGUUGUGGGGUUAAUCUUAUUUGAGUUUGUAUUUAAUCAAAGAUCUUCAUAGAAAUAUAUAAAACUUGAAUUUGUAUGGCCAUAUCAUAUUUUUUAAAUGUUUAAUAUAAGUAAUGAAGAGAGUGAAGAUUUAUAAAGAAAA